GCAUAUACCUACAUUUAUCACGUCGGCGUAAACAGCGUGCGAUGUGUCACCCCCGAUAGGCUCCUCCUGACGACUCCUCGCCACGAACGCGUUUAAUCUGCGGCGCGCGAGCGCUCUCCGCCACGCCACCCAAUAGCUUUUCGUCGAACGUUUCCAAGGACGCUGCAGUCGACAACGACGUGCAGUACAUACCGGUAUAUUAUGUCAUAUUAUUACACGCAGAAGUAUUAUUACCCUUAAACGUCACACAAUAUUUAAUAAUAUCGUAAUAUUAUCUAUAUCGUUUACGGUUAUACCAACAUCACUUAUUAAUACUGCGGUACAAACCACGUACCUGAUGCAGCACGAUCUUCUGUCGCGGUAUAGCCAGCAAUAUUCUAUCAUAAUAUUAUCAUAAUACGUCCUGGAAGUAAAUUAUUCUUCUACGUAUUUUCUACGCGGUAUCAAUACUAUAUAUGCGUGUUCGCUUCAAAUAGAUAAUUUGGUAUAAAAGAUAGGUAUACGUUAUUUAUGAUAUACAAAACUUUAAUAUCAAAAGUACACAUCAACUUUACAUAUAUUAUACUGCCGUAGCGAAACAAAUAAUAACACGUUAUCAUGGAGUGUCCAAAACCUUCGUUUCUGAUCAGGGAUUUGAUCGGAGAUGUCUUACAAACUUCAAAAUCUUCUGAUGUGUCCAGUGACGAAGGUACAGCCGACAUGGAUGACCGUACGCUGACAGUCAGUAACUUUUCCGCACUACCGUUGUUGGUACAAAAACACCACCACCACCACUAUCAACAACACCAAGACAUGCUUACCGGGAAAUCGUGUGGCCGAAAAGUCAGACGCAGGAGGACAGCAUUCACUCAUGCUCAACUAGCUUAUCUCGAACGAAAGUUUCGUUCCCAAAAGUAUUUGUCGGUAGCCGAUCGCAGCGACGUGGCUGAAGCAUUGAAUUUGUCAGAAACUCAAGUCAAAACUUGGUACCAAAAUCGAAGGACGAAGUGGAAGCGUCAGAACCAGUUGCGUCUCGAUCAGCUGCGCCAACAGUCGGUUGAACCGCAGUCGGAAACGUCCGCCGCCGCCGAGUUCGGCCAGCACCACAAACAACAGCACCAACAGCACAGGCUGCACUCGGUGGAACCGCACCACAAUCGGCAAGAGCACAGAGUGUACGUGCCGUCGUCUGCGGCGUCCGCGUCCGCAGACUCGGACAUACAGGCAGCUGCGGAGGCGUCGGCCGCCGCACCGUUAACGUCGUCAGCGACAGCGGCAGCGGCCGCGGCUGCGUUUAUCGGCGCGCCGUACCCCGGGGUGGCCAACGGCGCGCGAUGGAACUUUCUGACCACGGCCGCGGCCAUCGUGCGGAACGUAUCGUACGUGCACGGGUGUCACAUGUAGACGACGUUAUAACGGUAACGACGUGUUACAUAUUAUUGUAAAAUGAUUCAGUUCGCAUCGGCACGGAUUGUAUACAGGGUGGUCGUACGAACGAUAUCAUAAUAUAUAUUAUACUGUAAGCGACGCUUUAAAUAGGUAGGAAUAUGAUUUUUAGGUAAAUAAACUUACAUGCACGAUGUAUGUAAUGUAUUAGUUUGGCAAAGCUUUUUGAAAUCACAUAAAUAUAAUUAUUAUACAUACUUAAUUAACGUAUAAAGGCGUGACCCCGGGAAAAAUCGUACAGGCCGUCCAUAAUAGACCAAAUUAGUAGGGAGAGGGGACAAAAAACUUAAAGUUUAAAACAUAAAACUAUUUGAAUUCGAUUUUUACAAAUCAUUUUUAUUAUACUUCGUAACCUAACCUUUAUAAAUAUGUCUUAUGAGGUUAUAUGGAUACACAAUUUUAACGGAAUAGCAUAGGUGCAUAAACCUUAAUAUUGUAUGUACUACCUAUUGGCCUUUAAUACCUACCAACAAAAAUAUAUGAUUAUACUGAAGUUACAAAAAAAAGAAAUAAUAAUAAAAUAAAAACUAACAAAAUAUUUAAAAUGCUGUAUAAACUAUUUAAAUAAACCUUACCUCUUUGAAGACUACACUGUAGUAUUAAACUGUGUCAUUAAAACUGGAGAAACUCGGAGGGGGAUGCUUAGCAUCCCUAAAUUUUUUUCAUUUUAACUUAAAUUUUAAUAGUAACAAGUUACAGGUAUCCAUAAACAUAAGAUAACAUUAUAAAAAUUAAAUACAGCCAUAGAGGGAAUUCUCACCCCUGGUUUUUCCAUCAAAAUUGCGUCUAUGAGUGUUAACUCUGAUAUAUUUAGCGGAAAGCCGAAUGUAUACAAUCUUCCUCUCCAGAUACUUGCUUAGCCCAUUAAUUCAAUAUGACUAUUACAGUCGUAGUCCGUAGUCAUUAAUGAUUAAAUUGUAUAUAAGUAAAAAAAAAUAUGUGUUGCACUACACAUCGUAUAUUCAGACUAUAGUAAUUAAAAAUUACCUAUUGACUACUUAUAGUCUAUAGAAUAAUUGAUCAUAAAAAUAUUUUGGUUUUGCAGAUCCCAGUGAUCCCACUCUAUGGCAAACUCACAAUUAGUUUAGAUAAUUUUUUUAUUUGGCUUACGAGAAAUAUUUAUCAACUUCACAAUUUCCAUAUCCCAAUUUUAAGUUUUUGGGUUGAGAAAAGCUAUAAAUAUUUAAAUCAAACAUACCAAACCCCCUCACCUCAUAAAACCCCUGCUUGAUGGAGUAUCUAUUUAUAUUAAUUUAUGACAUACAUUUUAUGUCUUUAAGUACGAUGUGUCGAUAUAAAAUAUUUAUUAUUUAUCUAAAUCUUUUCCUUAGAUUUAAUACGUAGGUAUAUAGUAAAUCUGUUAUUUUUAACAAAAUUAAAACUAUUUUUAUUAAAAUAAAUAACAAAAUUUAGGGACUUAAUGUACCUAUUUAUAAUUAUAACGAGCGAUUUAAAAUUCCAGAUUUAUCCAAGAAGAAAGUUAAGUCACUCCACGCCAUAAACGGAUAAUUGGUCACAUUCGUGGGGGGCUUAACAUGUUUUUCUUAACCGUAUCCACGUAAACACAUAUUUUUAGAAGCUUCAACCGUCUGGUGUGACUUGAUUACGGUUUUUGGGGGGGACUUAAGGCUUAAGACCUCCCCAAGUCCUUCCUUAAUAUCCGCCUAUGCUCCAUGCCCCCUCCAAAUUAUGCCUAUUGAAAUUUCCAACUAAGUAAAUAAUAAAACUAUAAGCUACAAAGUCAUAAUAGGUUACCUAAGUUAGGUAGGUGCCCAUAUUUUUAAAAUCAAAAAUGUUUGUAAAUACUAGAUUAUAUUUCAUAUUAAUUAGUAAUAGAUCAACCAGAUCAAAUAUGCAUAUCCAUGAACCACAGUUAUGAAUCUAGUAUGUAACAGGUACAGCCUUUAAAUAAUAAAUAUAAACUGUAAUGGUCGUUACUUACCUAUUGGCUAUAAAUUGACUUAUACCUAUUUUUAAUUUAUAUUUAAUACUAUGUAUAACAUCUUAACAUCUUUACAAGUUCCCUGUAAUGUGCUUAUGAUAUUUGGUAGAGAAAAUGGAUAAUCAUGAAUAUUUUUGAUUGGAUUUCAUUGACAAGGUCAUGCCUAUGUUUAACAAUAAUUGUUAAUUAUUAAUUUUUAGCAUGCUACGACACAGUUAAAAUUAUUUCAAAACAGUAGGCAAAUACAAUUGCAGUAUUAUUUUUUAAUUUACCAACUUCAUCUAUAUAUUCGAUUCUCUAAUUGCAUCCUUGUGUAAUGCCUUACACUCAUACAAGGCAUUAACAAAAUUAUUAAUCAUAUUUUUAUUUACCAUAUAGAAAAAUGAAAUAAUAUAGCAAUACAUAUAAUACCUACUAUGUAAUACUCAUUACUGAUCUAUAAUUUUUUGAAAACAUUUAAAUUUUUAACAAUUAAUAAAUUAAUUAUUAUUGUCAUUAAAUAACAAAAUUAAUUAAAUAUUGACAUAAACCUAAAUAUUAUUACAUAAUGUAAAUAUAAAUUUUCAUAAGAAUUGAAUUUUUUUUUCUUAAUAUUUACAAUAUAGAAUACAACUGUUAAUGUAGUAUGUAAUUAAAAAAUUAAAAGUGUGAUAAGCUAUUUACCUAUAAAACAAUUUUGUUUUAAUUAUAAUCUAAGCUUUUAAACUCUAAUCCAUCAAUAAUAUUCUAAUAUUAAGUAAAAAUAAUGAAAAUAAUUUAGAUUUUUAUCAAUCAUAUUAUAAUAAAUUAAAAGAAAAUUAUUUAUCUUAAUUAGAACUUUUUUUACUAUACAUCCAAAGAUUUCCACAUUUUUGGAUUAGAUUUUAUUAUUUAAAUAUGAUUUCAAAUGGUUCAGUUAAUUCAUUGUUUUAAAAUUUUAGAAUAUUCAAAUUUAUAUGAUAUUUAGUACUGUUAUCCUGAAUCAUUGAAUAUUUUUUAUAAUUUUAAGUAAUACAAUGAUGUAUAAUGUACAUGACUAAUUUGUAUAAUUAAAACAUGUAAAAUGUAUUUGACGCAUUACAAAUUAAAUAGUUACAACUAAUUAUUAAUUCAGUUUAUUUGAUAGAAACCUAUUUUGUUUGUAUUUAAUAAAUGUUUAUUCAGAAAUUUUACUUCAUGUGCAAUAUUUAGUAGACGAAUAUAAUAUAUUUGUGUAAAAACAUUAUAUUACCU